GCUCGCUGGGCCCGGCGCGUUCCCAGCGCGGGCCGCCAUGGAGACGCUGUCGCAGGACUCCCUGCUGGAGUGCCAGAUCUGCUUCAACUACUACAGCCCGCGGCGGCGGCCCAAGCUGCUCGACUGCAAGCACACGUGCUGCUCCGUGUGCCUGCAGCAGAUGAGGACGAGCCAGAAGGACCUGCGGUGCCCCUGGUGCCGCGGCAUCACCAAGCUGCCGCCGGGCUACUCGGUGUCGCAGCUGCCCGACGACCCCGAGGUCAUCGCCGUCAUCGCCAUCCCGCACACCUCGGAGCACACGCCCGUCUUCAUCAAACUCCCCAGCAACGGGUGCUACAUGCUGCCCUUGCCCCUCUCCAAGGAGCGCGCGCUCCUGCCGGGAGACAUUGGCUGCCGCCUGCUGCCUGGCAGCCAGCAGAAGUCCCUCACGGUGGUGACAAUCCCGGCGGAGCAGCAGCCGCUGCAGGGCGGCGGCGCCGCGGAGGCGGCAGCCGAGGAGCAGGAGCGGCGCGGCGUCGUGAAGAGCUCCACGUGGUCGGGCGUGUGCACCGUCAUCCUGGUGGCCUGCGUCCUGGUCUUCCUGCUGGGCAUCGUCCUCCACAACAUGUCGUGCAUUUCCAAGCGCUUCACGGUGAUCUCGUGCGGCUGA